AUGUGGUUCCAACUCUUGAAGAACGGCAACAGCGAUAAGGAACGCCUUCAAGGCUGCUCGCGGCGGUUCGACAGCAAUGAGUUGGAGGUGCUGCAUAAGCUCUAUAAGGAGCUGGCCAGCCGGUCGCAGACCAGCGGGAUCGACAAGGAGACGUUCCUGCAGUACUUCGACCUCCCCGGGCUAUGGGGAGAGCGACUGUUUCGGCACUUCGAUACGAACGACUCGGGGGAUGUGGAACUUGCAGAGUUCCUCUCGGGCGUCGCGGCGUGCUGCAGGGGCACCCACACGGAGAAGAUCACGGUGCUGUUCCGCAUGUUCGACCUCAACGAAGAUGGGCGCGUGCAGAAGUCAGAGCUGUUGGCGAUGCUGUCGAACUUCCCCGUCAUGACCAGCAACAUGACCAAGUGCUCGCAGCGCCAGCUGUCCAACCAGAGCACCGUCAUACCCUCGAGCCUGCCCUCCGCGCCGCGGUCGGGCGGAACCACGAAGCGUUCGGUGGGCGUGGAGAAGCUCAAUUCGUACGUCAGCAACAUCAGCGAGUCCAAGUGCAUAGUGCCGGGUUUCCACGAGCCGAUGAUAGUGAAAAGGACCGAACCGGGUCCAACGGCGUGGAAGGACGUGGCCUCGUCGCUCAGCAGGCUAUCGCUGCAGUCGCGGGGGUCCAUCGAGUUCCAGUCUAGUAUGGACAUAUCGGCGAGAGAGUUACCAGACUCGCCGAGACCAAACGACGCUUUGGCAAAGGAGUUGUUAGGAAAGAAGAAAGUGAAUGGCACCACGCAAUCUAGGCCCGAGUCGGGGCGCUCACAAAAUUCUGGUCUUGUUGAUCGGCUAUCCAGUGUAGUCGCGCUUCGCGACGGCAAACCGGACGUGGAUCCUUCUUAUGGCAGCAGCACCAGGGAAUCCGGUCAAAGCUCACCUUCCAUCCACCGCGGCGACGGUGGCGCUGCCCCUGAGCAAAGUGACCCGUGUCCUGCUGGGGAGGACGACAAGCUGGUAAAUAAAACUGUGUCGGACCUGAAAAGCACGGGGAAGGACGUGUGCCGCGGCACAACGGAACGCGAUGAGGCGGAUGUAUCGAUCCAAUCGCAGAGCAUCCGAAUGACGGACCUCCAGGAUACCGACGAGUCCAUCCUCGCAGCAAACGCCAUCAUCGAGCAGGAGAGGCUCUCCUGCGGCGAUAGCACCACCCUGGACAUUUUGGUCGAGGAUAUACUGGAGGAAUGCCAGUUCAGCGCGAACGGCAGCUUCGACUUCCCGGCGUUCAAGGCGUGGUUGUGCAAGAAUAGUUCGGUGCUGUCUAUGUUUUCCGAGUACCUGCACGAGGAGGUAUGGGGACUACGGGGGAACGCGUUCAUGACUUCGCGCGAAAACCACGCCCUGGCGCGUGGGGACGUAAAUAUGAGCCGCUACCCCUCUGUGCAGUACGAGCAAACUGACAAUGAUCUGAGCGGCCGGACCGAUCCAGAGCUCCCCGACAGAGUGGUGCAGCGCAUGGUCUAUCAGAUGUUCCUCACUAACGGCAAGCAGUCGAGAGCGUUCGAAGACAGCAUGUCGUCUCUGGGAAACGUGGUCAGUGAUGAACUCCUGCAGUACGUCCAGCAUGUCUCCACCGGCACUCCUACCGCGGCUGACGUCAAACCGACCACGGCCGGCCACAAUCCAGCUGACCAGAAAGCCGGUGCAAAUCGCAGCAGCCCUCCAAUGGCGGUAUCAAUCGGCAGGCAGCUGCUGUCGUGCCCCAAAUGUAAGACGCCGCUUUUCAUGUGCCCGGUCUGCUUCAGGAGGCACGACGAACUGACACUACACAUCAGCAACGAGGUCCACGUGGAGUGCAAGAACUGCUCGAAACAGGGCCAGAUCACUGUGUUCACCUGCUGCUGGAUCUGCAACUGGGAUUUCACCGCGGCCGUGACUUUGGCGCUAUCGGAGCUGCAGAAACGUGCCACCAACGUCGAUCGGAAAGAGGGCUUGACUUCCCCGGUGGUCAAAGCAGCCUCAGCGCCCUGCACCGGCAUUCUGCGUGAAAAGCGGAGGUCGCUGCUUCGGCCGACCAUCAGCGUGUCGUGCAGCAGCAGCACAUCCGACUCACAGAGCGAAAUCAACAGUAUCGAUGACCCGGGCGAAGCGCAUCGCAGCACAGCAGAGUGGCCGCAGCCUGUGGUCAAGAUGCCGCAGAAGGUUGGCUACAUGUACAAGCGGGGGAGGCAUUUCUACACCUGGGAAAAGCGGUACUACAUGCUCAUCGACAACGUGCUGUACUACUACGUCAGUGAGGACAGCACCACGCCCAGAGGAUGCAUCUUCCUGGAGGGGUGCUACCUCGACUCACUGGCAGACAGCGACGUGUCGAACAUGUUCGGCUUCUGCAUUUGCCAUAAGGGGCAAAAAACAACGCGCCGCAAGCUCUACGCGCAAACCCAGGAGGAUUUCGUGCAGUGGGUGGACGCGCUUUCGGCCGCCAUGAAGCAGCAAAGCCUCAUGCAGAUGUACACCGUGUGCGAGCAGCUGGGGCACGGCAAGUUCAGCGUGGUCUACCGCGCCAUCAACAACAGCUCCGGCGAGGAGUUCGCCGUGAAGAUCGUGGACAAGACCCGAAUCAGCCAGCAGGAGCGCGAGCUGCUGCGUAGCGAGAUUGCCAUCCUGCGCCUGCUCAGACACCAGCACGUCAUCUACCUCAAGGAUGUGAGCGACAUGCGCGACUCGCUGUACAUCGUCAUGGAGCUGGUUCGCGGCGGCGAACUGUACGACCUGAUAACCCAGCGUCACCGCCUGUCGGAGGCGCACACUCACAAGAUCAUCUGCCAGCUGCUGCAGAUCGUCGCGUACCUGCACAAGUGCGGCAUCAUCCACCGCGACAUCAAGCCGGAGAACAUCCUGCUCACCGACAAAAGCGAGGCUGCGACCAUCAAGCUCACGGACUUUGGGCUCUCCACGCUGUGCGGCCCGAACGAGCUGCUGACGCAGCCCUGCGGGACCCUGGCGUACGUUGCUCCGGAGGUCCUGACGCUGCAGGGAUACAACCAGAAGGCUGAUGUCUGGUCUGUCGGCGUGAUCAUGUACCUGCUGCUGCGAGGAAGGCUGCCCUUCUCCAUAAAGCAGCCGCUCACCCUUGACCUGAUCGGCCACUACCGCGUCCGUUUCGACGGGCGCCAGUGGGACUCAGUGUCCACCUGCGCCAAGGACCUCAUUUCCAAAAUGCUGCAGCCCAACCCGGCGGCGCGCAUAAGCGUGUUCGAGGCGCUGGAGCACAUCUGGGUGAGCAACUUCGUGGCGGUGAACCACGACGAGGUGUACACCGGCGUGGGGGAAAUCGAGACCACCAAGGAGCUCAUGCGGUCGCUGCGCUACGCCACAGACACCACCUUGGUGAUCCCGUACAGCGACAGCUGCGCCAACAACAUCGAUGCGCUGGAGGCGGAGGAAGCCGAGGGUGGGCUGACCACCGUCCACGAGUGA